AUGCCGCUGCUGCAACUCGUCGCCCAUAUGCUGAGCGCACCUCGCGACGUCGUCGCUAACGAGACGGCGUCGCGAGUCGUCGGCCAGGACGUCGGCCCGUGCGUCAACAUCACCGACGAUCUGAACGGCAGUGUCGACUGCGACGGCUCGCAGCGGUCGCACGACGUCGAUGUCGUUCACGCGAUUUACACGGGCAUCAUGCUGGCGGCCAUCGACGCGCUCACCAUAGGCGGCAACAUCCUCGUGCUAGCCGCCGUCUACCGCACCGAGCAGCUGCGCAGCUCGACCAACUACUUCAUCGUCAACCUGGCUCUCGCCGACCUGCUGCUAGGUACCGCCGUGCUGCCCUUCAGCGCCGCACUGGAGGUCAUCCAGAAGUGGGUGUUCGGCGCCUGGUUCUGCGCCAUCUGGGCGGCGAUCGACGUCUUCUGCUGCACGUGUUCGAUCGUGUCGCUGUGCGUCAUCUCCGUGGACAGGUACAUCGGUGUGACUCGGCCGCUCUCCUAUUACCGCAUCAUGACGGAGCGGCGCGCUGUCGUCAUCAUCGUCUGCGUGUGGGUGUUCUCGUUCGCGAUCUCCAUCGGUCCGCUGAUGGGCUGGAAAGAGCCGCAGGCCGACCCGUCCGUGUGCGGCCCCGUCGAGAAGCUAGACUACGUGCUCUUCUCAGUGUGCGGUUCCUUCUACCUGCCGCUGGCCAUCAUCCUCAUCGUCUACUUCAGGAUCUAUAAGGAGGCGGUGAAGCAGAGCAGGUUUCUCUCUAGCGGUGUCAAGGUGUCUGAUACAAAAAUGGGUCAGAGCAACGACAACGUUGUGCUUCGCAUACACACGAAGCAGACGCACAAUUCGGAUCACGGUCGAAAUGUCGCCGACGAGAACUUGAAGAAAGCGUCGGUGAUGAGCAAGUUGGCGAAGUUUGCGAAGCAGAAGAAGGCGGCUAAGACCCUCGGCAUAGUGGUCGGCAUCUUUAUACUGUGCUGGCUUCCUUUCUUUCUCAUCCUGCCGAUAGGUGAGAUCUUCAGUAAAUGCAAAAUACCGGAACUUAUAUUCAAAAUAUUUUUCUGGCUCGGAUAUUGCAACAGCUGCCUCAACCCAGUCAUCUACGCUUGCUCGUCGCGUGAGUUUCAACGAGCGUUUCGCAGGAUUCUCUACUGCGGUUUCAGCAGGCGUCGUCACAUGGACGUUGUCAGCUCGGACACCCCCGAUUCCGCAAACUACAAGUCGCUAUCAACGAAGAAGCAAUGGCGCAAGGGGUUACCGUUCCCGCGACACCGCGCUAAGCAUCGCAAGAGCGCCGCGAUCACGUUAAAUGACAACGAAGGCUUCACGCGAUCGCCAUCGAACCUUCCAAAACCUCUCGGCAGCGACGACCUCGGACGUCGCCGCCCGUCGGCAGACUUGGUCGACGGGUUCGCACUUCACGUGCAGACGCUGUCGCCGACGUUUCCCGACUGGCCGACAACGGACCAGCUCGGCGGCUUCUCCGUCUGCAAUCCGACACACAGCUUCUCGACGACGAUGUCCGGCGACGGCGCCACCUUGCGGCGGUGUGAGCUGGGCGAGCACGGCGACCUGGAUGCUUCGAUUGAGACUUGUGUCGACGUGUCACCGGACACGGGGAGCGGCAGCAGUGUGACUAGUGACCGGAGAGCUUAG